AUGCCUAAGAACAGACGCGUUUCUUCAAACCAUCGCCAAUCACCCUUUCCGAUAGCACAAGCACGACAGUCAGGGUCAAUAGAGAUCCAGCCAGGCCACAGAAACACAGCCAAUUGGAGUUCUGCCGAGGAUGAGGUCUUGGUCGCUGCUAGAGCAGCCGGUCUCAACUGGCAAUCUACCGCUGCAAAGCACUUCCCUAACAAGACGGCCAACGCUUGUCGUAAACGUCACGAACGAUUGGUAGAACGCCGAACUCAUGAGGACUGGACCACGAAAAGAUUGGACACUCUCGCAUCAGAAUACAUGGAACUUAGAAGGGAGAUAUGGGCUCCAUUGGCAGCCAAGAUUGGUGAGCGCUGGAGUGUAGUCGAAGCAAAGGCAAGUCAAAAGCGGCAAGCUAUAUACAAUUAA